CUAUAGCAUUUGUUGCAUUUAUAUACUUCUUAUGCAUUCGCUCGUUUAAAAAGAGGGGAAUUAGAAAAUAAUUAUGAUUCGCAAUAGUUCGAUUAAUCGCACAAUAGAAGUUUUGUUUACUUUGUUCGGAAUAUGGCCAGGUACUUCGUGCAUUCUACUUUGCAGAAUAUUUUGGAUUAUUUCGAUAAUAAUUGUUCAAUUCUAUCAUUACCAAUAUCUUCUAACGCAUUUCUAUUCCGACGAUCUUUUCAAUUUAAUGGACUGUUUAAGUAGCUUUCUAGCGUAUACAAAAGUGAUGACCAAGUUUAUUGCAUUUUGGUUGAAUCAGCGAGAAUUCAUCAAGAUAUUGGCAAUGAUGACGAAAGACUGGCACGAUUACGUCAACAGUGAGAUUGGCAUGCAAGAGACAAUAUGUAAAGCGAAAUUGUGUGAGCGUAUCACUAACGCAAUGCUCCUUUUGCACACGUUAAGCGUCGUUGCGUACGGCACACGCGUCAUCCUGGCCAAUGUCGAUAUCACCGAUCGCACGUCCCAGCCACCCUACAUCCAUAAAAUGGAAUUCCCCUUCGAUGUAAACACGCAAAGAGUAUAUAAAAUGAUCGUAAUUGCGCAAUUCGUGUAUGUUAUCAUGUGCAGUUGGGCUGCCGGUGCUGUAAAUGCUUUGCUCUUAACUUUGAUCUUACAUAUAGGUGGUCAAAUGAAUAUAUUGCGUAGCUGGUUGAUGGAUUUCACAUCAAAUGAGAGCGUAAAAAAACGGACUAUAUUCACUACAAAUCAAAUCAUCGAAAAGCAUCAAAGAAUCAUUAACUUCUCGGAGAAGGUCGAGAAUCUAUACACGUAUAUCGCGCUAUUACAGUUCGCAUCGAAUACGAUAAUGAUUUGCUCCCUGGCAUUUCUCAUCGUAAGCGCGAUUGGUACGCCCGACGCGACAGAAAAGAUAAUAAGAUCUCUCUUAUUUUACGCUAUAACGAAUCUCGAAGCCUUUAUAUUCUGCUUUGCUGGAGAAUAUCUGAAUAACAAGAGUAAAGCGAUCGGAAUCGCAGCAUACAAUUCCGCAUGGUACAAUUUAAAGCCUCAACAGACUCGUAUUUUAUUAUUUAUAAUAUUAAGAUCGCAAAAGCAACUAACGCUUACUGUUGGAAAGUUGACGAAUCUCUCUUUAGAAUAUUUUGCAAGUAUCAUGAAUGCUUCGGGAUCAUAUUUAUCGGUAAUGUUGGCAAUGCAAUAAAAAGAUCAUAUCCAAUUCAUCGUACUUGUAAUAAAGCACGAAAAAAAUGUAAAACGUUAAGUAGA